AUGGUCCUUUUGGGUAAAUGUCUUGCUUGUCCUGCCAUUCCUCCCCUUUUCCCUGCUCCUUGCAAAGACACUGGAAUACACAUUCACACCCAAGUGAGAAUCCAGAUUCCUAAUUUGGAUAACCAUCAUCUUAUCCCUCCCAUCAGCCAAACUUUUACUGAUCUUUAUUUUCAGUCUUUUGUUGCUGUUAUUCACUCUCUCAGUCAUGUCUGGCUCCCUGAGACCUCAUGGACGGCAGCACACCAGGCCUCCCUGUCCUUCACUGUCUCCCAGACUUUGCUCAAACUCAUGUCCAUUGAAUCGAUGAUUGCAUCCAACCAUCUCAUCCUCUGUCACCCCCUUCUCCUGUUCUCAGUUUUUCCCAGCCAAUAUGCUUAUUUUAUCUCUGUUGUGUAUAAGGUGAUAGAAUACUGA